AUGCCUUUCGCGCUGAGGCGUCUGUUUGCAACACUAUUAGUUUUCUGCGAACCUAAUAAUCCAAGAUCAUUGUGGGAGAAAUUUUAUGAUGCUUUAUCAGAAGACCAUAGACAAAAUCUACAACUCACAGCAGAACAAGUACAAAACAUUACGCUUGAUCAUAUUGCAAGUUUCAUCGAAUCAAUGGGCAAGAAAAUUCCAGGCUACAACCUCACAGCAUGCAACAAAGCUUCCAUCAUACGAAACAAACCUACCAAGGAAAUUGAGGCUGAACUACAAAUCCCAAUUUCAGAAGAAGACAUACAUAUGAAAGUCCUCCUAAACAAUGCACAGCGUGCUGCCUUCGAUCUGAUUAUGCAUCACAUAAAGCAACACUUAGGAGGUGGAUUUUUCAUUGAUGGCCCAGGAGGUACCGGUAAAACUUUCUUGUACCGAGCAUUGCUAGCUGCUAUACGCUCAGAAGGAUCUAUAGCUAUAGCAACAGCUAGCACAGGAAUAGCUGCAGCUAACCUACCUGGCGGUCGCACUGCACAUUCUCACUUCAAAAUACCUUUAGAUAUCAACAGUUCAACUGGCUGUAAUGUUGGGAAACAAAACGCAGUUGCCACACUCAUUCGAAAAACAAAAUUAAUCAGUUGGGAUGAAGUGCCUAUGGCAAAGAAACAAAAUAUUGAAGCUUUCGAAGCAAUGUUACGUGAUGUUUUCUCAAAUAAGACCAUCUUCACUGGAAAAGUUGCAGUGUUUGGUGGUGAAUUCCGACAAGUUCCUCCGAUUAGCCCUCGAUCCACUCGUGAGGAAUGCAUUAACAACAGUUUGGUUGAAUCAACACUUUGGCCUCAUCUUCACAUUCUUCGUCUAACAGAAAACAUGCGAGCAUUACAUGAUCCUCAAUUUUCUAGUUUCUUAUUAGACGUCGGCAAUGGAACUUACAACAACAUAGAUGAGGACUUAAUCACAAUACCUGAAUGCAUGACUAUUAACACAAAAGAGGGUUCAAAUCCAAUAUUAACAUUGGUUGAACACAUCUAUCCAGAUUUCACUGAAAAUGCAUUCAAAUCAAAUUACUUGACAUCUCGAGCCAUCUUGACUCCUAAAAAUGAAUUCGUAGACGAAAUCAACAAAGUCUUGAUGAACCAAUUCCCAAGAAGUUCAUACACAUACACUAGCUUUGACAAAGCAACAAAUGACAAACAAGAAAACUACCCAUAA